ACUUUCCUUUACCUUUUUAUCAAUUUCCUCCUCACUUUCUCUGCUACCAAACACCUUUCUCUCUCCUAUUUUUAUUGGUAAGCGCCAGCGCCAGCGCUAGCGCCAGUGCCACCGCUACCGCUACCACCACCACCACCGGCAGCGCUAUUAAAGCCCGAAAGUCUUCUAGAGAGAGAGAGAAGGAAAGCAAAAGUAAACUCACAUUCCCACUUUCUCUUCUUGGCGAGGCCGGCGCCAUGGAUUCUCAGAUCUAUGGCCUCCUCUUAUCCACGCUCCUCCUCCUGGGUUCGUUUGCAUUGCCGUCCAACGCCGCCGCGGCCCAAAUCAACUCCAAUUCCGUCCUCGUCGCCCUUCUCGACUCCCAUUACACCGAGCUGGCCGAGCUCGUCGAGAAGGCCCUGCUUCUCCCCACCCUCGAAGCGGCCGUCAACGCCCACAACGUCACCAUUUUCGCCCCGAAGAACGAAGCUCUGGAGCGCGACCUCGACCCCGAGUUCAAGCGCUUCCUGCUCGAGCCUCGCAAUCUCAAAUCUCUCCAGACCCUUCUUCUCUUCCAUGUCAUUCCCACUCGGAUUGAGUCCCGCCAGCUACCGAGUUCACCCGCUGAGUCGACUCGCCAGAAGACUCUGGCCAACGACCACGUCGAUCUGGCCGAUCUCGCCACCGUCAUUCGCCCUGACGACGUCGUCCGCCCUGACGGCGUCAUUCAUGGCAUCCGGCGUCUUUUGAUUCCCAGAUCGGUGCAGGAGGAUUUCAACCUGCGGCGGAGUCUCCGCUCUAUCUCCGCUGUUCUGCCGGAGGGCGCGCCGGAGGUGGACCCCCGGACUCACCGUCUCAAAAAGCCGGCGGCUCCGGUUCCCGCUGGCGCUCCUCCGGUUCUGCCCAUUUACGACGCGAUGGCUCCGGGGCCGUCCUUGGCUCCGGCGCCGGCUCCCGGACCCGGAGGCCCUCGCGGCCACUUCGACGGCGAGAGCCAGGUCAAGGACUUCAUUCAAACGCUUCUUCAGUACGGCGGGUACAAUGAAUUGGCCGACAUUCUGGUGAACCUGACGUCGCUGGCGACGGAGAUGGGCCGGUUGGUCUCGGAAGGCUACGUUCUCACGGUUCUCGCGCCCAACGACGAAGCCAUGGCCAAACUCACCACCGACCAGCUCAGCGAGCCGGGCGCGCCGGAGCAGAUCGUGUACUACCACCUGAUACCGGAGUACCAGACGGAGGAGAGUAUGUACAAUGCCGUGCGGCGGUUCGGGAAGGUCCGGUACGACACGCUACGUUUGCCGCACAAGGUUGUGGCCGAAGAGGCCGAUGGGUCGGUCAAGUUCGGGUCAGGCGAUGGGUCUGCGUAUUUGUUCGAUCCUGAUAUCUACACGGAUGGAAGAAUUUCGGUGCAGGGAAUUGAUGGGGUCCUGUUCCCGCCGGAGGAGAAAGCCACGCCGGUGGCCAAAUCUACGCCGGCGGCUAAGAUUGUUUCCAAGCCAAGGAGAGGGAAAUUGAUGGAAGUAGCUUGCAGAAUGAUGGGAGCUUUCGGACAGGGUUCCCAUUUCAGUAGCUGCCAAUGAACUUCAUUAUCAUUUUUUUUUUUUUUCUCUUUUUCCAUUUUGUUUUGGAGAAACCCUGAAAACAAAAACAAAAAUGAAGAAGCAUCAAGGACUAGCAUGAGAAAAAAAGAUGUAGGCCAUGGCAGAUGGAGAAGAGGGGGGGUCCCUGCUUGCUCCAAGCAUUCAUUUCCUCGCAAGUCAUAAACCCACAGAGAGAGAAACCUUUUCUUUUCUUUUCCUUUCCUUUCCUUUCUGAUUUGUUAUUUUGUUAACAGUACUGUAAUUACAUAUAUUUUUUUUUUAUGGGUUUGGUGUAUUUAUCUGUUCCACCGACACUGUAUGCACAAAAACAAAUAAUGUCUGAAGAAUACUUGCUCUGAAUCACAAGUGGGUACUUUCCUUCCAUCCAAAUAAACUUUUCUUUUGCUA